UCCUUUAUUUCAGUGAAUGAACAUGUUUCCAUGCACUAAAUGCUGCCUUCCCUAUUAUCUUGUUUCUAGACUUUUCUGUCAAAGUAGUAGUAGUACCAACCUCAGGCACUUAUGACCAGAUACUUGCGUGUGCGUGUGCGUGUGCGUGUGUGUGUUCAGAGGUCCACUCUGUCAUUAGACCCGCUCCACAGAAGGAGGUGCAGUGCCUCGUCUGACUCUUCUCCUGGAAAAGCACUUCCUGGCAUCAGGAGCCCCAGUGAAAGUGUGACAGAGCAUCACAUGUUACCGCCGCCGCGUUCUGCCUCCUGUCCAAACGCCGACACUUUGGGCCUCCUGAGGGUCCCUCACCCCCCCCCCACAGCCUCCUCCCUCUACUCCCCCACCUCCAAUCAUAGACUGUUCCACUCCGACACAGGCCAGGUACCGAGGAGGCUCAUUACAGUUUUGUCUCGCCUGUUGGGAAGAGACUGUGUGAACAGUGGAGAGGAGAGGGAGGCCGAGCUGCAUCUGUACGCAGUGUCACCUACGUCCAGACUCUACCUCCACCUGCAGAGCUCAUGGAACAGCUUCAUUAUUAGGUCCACUCUGUCAUUAGACCCGCUCCACAGAAGGAGGUGCAGUGCCUCGUCUGACUCUUCUCCUGGAAAAGCACUUCCUGGCAUCAGCUGGGAGCGGACUGCUCACCUGUUUGCUCAGCUGAGCUCGGAGCUGCUGCAGGAGGGGAUCGGAGUGGAGAGUCUGUACCUGCUGCUGCAGGAGCUGAGCACCGCCGCGCACCGCAACAUCGCUCUGCGCCGACUCUUCUGGAGGUCCAGUGAGGUGUGCGUGUUCCUGGUUCAGACUCUGGAAGAAUCUCUGCACGGCUGUCAGAGCCUCCAUGGAGUCUACACGGCAGAUCAAUUACUACUAAGCACUCUGAUCGUGCAGACGCUCGCCGUCAUGUUCAGAGAGACGGAGGUCGAACCAGCCAGAUUCAACCUGCUCUCUGCCAAAAAAGGUGCCCUGGCCUCCAGAAUGCUGCUUGCCUUGAUUUGUGAUGCAGAAUUACAAACACAGAAGCAAAGGUCUCUGGUAGACUGUGAGCUUCAGGCCUUACUAGCGGAGUAUCUGGACUCUGCCUGCUCUCUGCUCUUCGAGCUGCUGCUUUUAGGCCACGAGAUGUCCUUCAUCAGUCACCAGGCCCAGCAGGUGGUUGUGGUUCUGUCCGACCUGCAGGACUCCCCCCUCGCUCCCUCUCAGUCGGUGCUGCUCUUCCAGCGCUGUCGCCUCCUGCUGGCCUGCCUGCAGUACAACAACCUGCUCGCUCAGCACCUCAGAUCUCACUUCAGGGAGGAGUUCAGGUACUUUGUGAAGCUGUCCUGUGUUGAGGUGAAGCUGCCCCCUCACUACCCGAUCAGCCCCCCCACCCUGCGGCUGGUUGAGCAGAUCCUCACUCUGCUCAAAUGAUCGCACAAACACACGAGUGUACCUGGAGACAGGCUGUGACAGCGUGUGCCUUUACCAAAGUGUGAGUGAGUUUAAACUCAAAGUGUGAGUGAGUUUUAACGCAUGAAGCAUCUCUGCUGCCGUUACAGGUGAAACUCAAGUUCCCAGCAGAAAGAAUAUGACUUUUAUUUGUUUUAUUAAUAAGUGUUCCUAUGAUGCUGUGAAGCAAAAAUCUUCUCUGGAAUUCAUGAAUGUAAGCAUUGCUAUAAGCUAAAUGCUAAAAUAGCGAUGUUAAGCAGGUAGUGUUUACAGAUUUCACCAUCUUAGUUUAGCAUAGUAGCGUGAAAAUAUGAUAUUUAGCAAUGAAAACAAAUGUUCCUGAUGUUUGUUUGGAUUCUGCCUGUGUUUAUAAUUUAACCUGUAGAUGUGUCCGAUGUCAAAACUGUAAAUCUGCAAAGUGUUUAGGUGAUAUGCACUCUAAAUAAAGUUAAAGAUGAAACUUUGAAAUCUGUUAUAAAUUACAGCUAAAUGUGAUAGAGAUCACUCAAUAUUGUUUCAGUUGAGAUCAAAAUAAAAUUACACAUGCAUAGACUUUAAGAUGUUUGGACAGAUGAGUCUCCGCUGUGUUUCUUGUUUUGUUUUGGUGCUUAAACAAAUAUUAAGGGGUAUUAUUU